UUAGAUUUUACAGAGUGACUCAUCUCUACCAACAGAGGAUCUUGGUGCGGCAGCGCUCAUGCCCGCUGCGUUUGUGUGUAUCUGCGGGCGGAGGAUGGACGGUGUGUCUUUGGGACACUGCCUCUCAUGUCUUACCAGUCUGGUGGCCUCACCAGCCUCACCACAUCGAAACUGCACCACGGAGUCAGAGGAGGACAUGGUGAAUGGAGGAAUGCUUACCUUCAACCAGACACACAUGAGGAAAGCAUUCCAGCUCAUGAACGACCUCAGGAGUAAACAGCUGCUGUGUGACGUCCAGCUGAUUGCUGGCAGAGUCCAAGUGCCAGCACACAGGGUGGUCCUGGCCUCCUGUAGCCCCUACUUCUGUGCCAUGUUCACAGGGGAUAUGAGUGAGAGCAAGGCCCAGCAGGUUGAGAUCAGAGAGGUCGACGGCCUGACCCUGAGAAAACUAGUGGACUACAUCUACACCGCUGAAAUUGAGGUUACUGAAGACAACGUACAGGUCCUGUUGCCAGCAGCCAGCCUCCUCCAGCUGAUGGAUGUUCGUCAGGUCUGCUGCGAGUUCCUGCAGUCUCAGCUUCAUCCCUCAAACUGUCUGGGCAUCAGAGCCUUUGCAGACCUUCACACGUGCACACAGCUCCUCGGUCAGGCCCACGCCUACGCUGAGCAGCAUUUCACUGAGGUGGUGCAGGGGGAGGAGUUUCUCAGUCUGAGUCUGCAGCAGGUGUGCAGCCUCAUCUCCAGUGACAAACUCACCGUCUCCACAGAGGAAAAGGUAUUUGAAGCUAUGAUUUCGUGGAUAAAGCACGACAAACCAACACGUCUGGAGUACAUGCCUAAACUGAUGGAGCAUGUCAGAUUACCACUGUUGUCCAGGGAUUAUCUGGUGCAGAUCGUGGAAGAAGAGGCUCUGAUAAAAAACAACAACACCUGCAAAGAUUUUCUCAUUGAGGCAAUGAAGUAUCACCUGCUGCCAGCGGACCAGAGGCACCUCAUCAAGACGGACCGCACUAGACCUAGGACUCCGGUCAGCAUCCCCAAGGUGAUGAUCGUAGUGGGCGGUCAGGCCCCGAAGGCCAUUCGUAGUGUGGAGUGUUACGACUUCCAGGAAGAUCGCUGGUACCAGGUGGCAGACCUUCCCUCAAGACGCUGCCGGGCAGGUGUUGUGUCCAUGGCCAGUCGCGUGUACGCAGUCGGAGGCUUCAACAGUUCACUGCGGGAGCGGACGGUGGAUGUAUACGACGGUGCUAGUGACCAGUGGAGUGCCGUGGCCAGCAUGCAGGAGAGACGCAGCACAUUGGGAGCUGCUGUGUUAGGGGAUUUACUGUACGCUGUGGGGGGCUUUAAUGGAAGCAUAGGUUUGUCCACAGUUGAAGCCUACAACUAUAAAACCAAUGAGUGGCUGUAUGUGGCCUCCAUGAACACCCGACGUAGCAGUGUGGGUGUGGGUGUAGUUGAUGGUAAGUUGUAUGCAGUUGGAGGCUACGAUGGAUCCUCUCGUCAGUGUCUGAGUACAGUGGAAGAAUAUGACCCUGUCACUGACCAGUGGUGCUAUGUAGCUGACAUGAGCACAAGACGCAGUGGAGCAGGUGUAGGUGUGUUGGGUGGUCAGCUGUAUGCAGCAGGAGGUCACGAUGGUCCUCUGGUCAGGAAGAGUGUCGAAGUUUAUGAUCCACAGACCCACUCCUGGAGGCUGGUCUGUGACAUGAACAUGUGCAGGAGGAAUGCAGGUGACUGCUGCAUUAAUGGACUGCUGUAUGUUAUUGGAGGAGACGACGGCUCCUGUAACCUGUCGUCUGUAGAGUUUUAUAAUCCCGCCACGGACAAGUGGAGUCUGAUUCCUACAAACAUGAGCAACGGAAGAAGCUACGCAGGUGUUGCAGUGAUUGACAAACCGUUAUGACAACAGGCGUCCGGUCACUUUCACAAAGUGACUCACGAUGUUGCCUGAGAAGAAACUCUUGUGACAAACUCACAGGUGGACCUGGACGAAGAUCAGGACAGUCAACCCGUGGACUGGAAUCUUCUGUCAGGAUAAAAACUCUUCUGUUGCACUGGAUUCUAGAAGCAAUAGCCACAAGGAAGAAGAGUGAGAUUGGACUGAGUUUUCUUUUUCACAUGCCAAGCACAAAAACAGCUGUAUCAGCUGGAGUAAAGACCCAAAACAGGUGAGGACUUUAUUUUACUGUAGGGUGAAGGACCUAACAUGGUUUCUGUUGCCACAGCGACCAUACUUAAGAAAGACAAACGCACACUGGGCUCACACAGGGUUGAAUGAGUUUUAUUUAAAUCUUAGCACAACAUGAAGCCACAUCCUAGAAACAGGAGACUUGUUACUGUCCGUGCAGUUCAAGGACAGGGAUCAUGGCCACAGUUGUCUCAGAGCAUGAGUCUGAGAAAAUGAAGUGAGGUGAUUCUUUGUCUGUGCCGACUGUCAGCAGCUGCAUGACCAUUUAGAGCUUGUUACAUUUCAGUUCAAACUCAUAUUUAAUGUUUUUCAGAUUGUCUUCAGAGGGAUUCAGAACCUCAGACCAACAGAGCAGGUUUUUACAGGUCAGAAAUAAUCAGAAUUAGCAAAAGUAUCAUUGGGUUGAUAAACAAAUAAUUCAUACAAAUAAUAUCCAUACUGUAAAUGAUAUGGUCCAUUAAAAAAAAUAUUUUCUUUUUUUGUGCUUCAAAAACUUUAAAACUUUUGACCCUUGACCCUGUUUGAAAGCACUCUUAUUGUACACUCCAAUUCGUGGUGCGCUGCCUACAUUGUGCUCGGGAGAGACGGACCCCAUAACUGACCAGAGGUGUGAAUGUUGUUAGCCAAACCAAGUGCAGGGCAUUGGAUGCACAGUGCACCGAUAAUGUGCAGCUGCGUGUGAACCACCUUACCUGACCCACGGGGCAGUGGGCUUCAUUUUGUGACUGCCACGAAUUAAGACACCGCCCUAAUGAGGACACUACUGAUGCACUCAACACUUGCACUGACCAAUAGUGACCGGCUGGCCGGGCUGGAAGUCUGCUGGUCUCUCUGACUGAACUGGAUCGAUGCUGUGCCGACGUCACAUUUACUCAGAUUUUAACACUUUGAAAAAAGCCUAGUGCCAGGAUCACAUUUGUGUGUUUUUUAUAUGACAUGCAUACAAAGUGACGUGAUCUAAUAUUUCUGCUCAUGUCAAGUGUCAAAAUGCACUGUAUAAAAUUCAGCUGUAUAUUGUAUAAGAUGCAGGUUAAAGACUUUUUUAUUUAUUGUUUUGGUCCAGUUUAUUCUAUAAAAUGUAUUCCUUGU